AAAUUAUUUAAAAUGUUUUGGGGAACUCAAGUCACUCAAGGAUAAUCAUAUAAGCUAACAGCUGAAGAAGCUACAGUGAUCCACGUCUCUAAUGUAGUUCUAGCAGAUGGUGAUAGCAAGGUUUAAGUCUACGCAAAAGUAAAGGGAAAAGAAUUUGUACUUGCUAACCUUGAAAAAAAUAAGGUAUGGUAAUUUUUUGAUAGUUAGUUGGAAUAAGCAUUUUUGGAUCUUUACUUUAGAGUUGAUCAACAGGUUGAGAUUGGAGUUAAAGGAAAAGGUUCAGUUCACCUUUCAGGCUAUGUUGAACCAGAUGAAGAGGAAUUAGUAUUUAUUAAAAAAAUCUUUUUAGAACGAGGAUUUGGAUUUUGAAGAUGAUGAGAGUGAGGAAGUUGAGGAACAAAAAGUUAAAAAACCCGAACCCACUAAAUAAGCUGAAUAAGUCAAAUAAUAGCCAAAGGAACAAUAAAAGCCAUAAACUUAAUAAUAAUAAAAACCAUAGACAUAAUAAUAAAAGUCACAACCCCAACCACAAAAAGCACAACCAGAAUAAUAAUAAAAGGCUAAGCCUCAAGCUCCAACCCAAAAACCUUAAUAACAAUAGCCCAAAAAGGCAGAGGAAGAUUGGAAUGAUGAUGAAGAGGAAGAUGGAGAAGAUGAAGACCUUCUCGACUAAAGUGAUGUCGAUGACGAGGAAGUAGACGAUGACUUAGGAGAUGAAGAAGACGAUGACGAAGAAAACUUAGAUGAUGAAGAUGAUGAAGAUGAACCUUAAUGUAUAAUCAUUGUAUUUAUUUUUUAGAAAAUUAAAAAUUCGUGAAAGGAAACUAAGGAUAACAAGUGAAGCCAUAAUAGAAAUAGCAACAGAAACCUUAAAACUAAAAACAAUAAUAUAAUAAAUAAUAACAUUAAGGAAACCAACAAUUUAAAUAAGGGUAGAAACCUUUCUAAUAAAAUAAAAAAGGACAGGGGCAAUAUAAUCACCAAAACAAAGGAGGAAACUAAAACCAUUAGAAUAAUUUCAAGAAAAAUAAUAACUUUAAUAAUAAUAAUAAUAGAAAGAACUUUAACAAAAAGAAUAACAACAGAGGUGGAUUUAAAGGAGGUAGAUAAUGAGUAUCUAAUUAUUAUGUG